AUGACUUCGUCGCUCGUCUCAAUGAUCGCGGGCUUCUCGUGCUUCAUGCUGGCACCGUGCUCGGCCGCGAAUACAUUCAAAGCUGCUGAAGAACUCAAGCUACGCGAUUAUCUAUUGCCCGCCCGGGACAGGCUCGUGUUGCCGGUUCUUGAUAGAGCGGAAAAAGCAAAAUUCGCGAUAAACUUGACCAUACAAGCCGAUCACAUCUUGGAUAUGACUGUGGAUUCAAACGGCGUCCUCUGGCUUGAUAUGAUUCUCUGUAUGAAUUGGAACGCAAGUUCGCUGAUGUGGGACCCUCGCGACUUCAAUAACGUGACGUAUACGGCAUUCUAUACGAACUUCGUAUGGUCACCCAUCCUGGAGGUGCAUGAGAUUAUCAUACCGCAAUCAGCGUUCGCCAUCUCGCAGUAUUGGAAGUUUCGGAUGGUUUCUUGGAACGGCUACACGGAAUUCUGCCCUCAAGUUCAUAUGCCCUUGAGUUGCGCAAUCGAGGAGAGCUACGACGCUUUCCCAGCGGAGGAAUUCAAUUGCAACGCGGUGAUCAAGGACGUGAGUCCCAUGUCUCACAUACAACACAUUUCGAUCAACGAAGGCACCAGCCCUGGGAAAGCGAUGCGAAGUUUCUUCACUGGCUCCGGGUUCGAGUUGUUGUUCCUCCAGCGGGAACAGGGAAAGAACUCGGCGAUGCUCCGCGCCGCAGUCCGUCGCAACUCUAGGCAGUGGAUGAAUUCGGUGACGGUUCCAGUGAUCCUGAUCGGUUUGCUAUCUUGUAUCAGCUUGUGGCUGCCUGAUCAGACCCCGACUCGAACUCUUCUGUUCUGCUUCGCUCUGAUCGCCAUUCUACUGCUCCAGAUACAACUGUACUCGAGGCAUCUCAUGCAUUGCUCAAAACCACCCACGGUCCUGUCACUGCUCGGGCAACUCGUCGUUGGUCAGCUACUGAUUGGAAUUUUGGUUAUAUUCGAAGUUUCCCUGGAGAACUCCGACAGUAUCCGACGGCUCUACGCUCAACUGGACUUCGUGUACUCUCACAGCGUCGUGCACAAAUACGCAGAGUGGACCCGAGUGAACUUCUUCGGAUGGGCUUUCGAAAAGUUUGACGAAGAAGUGGAUCCAAAUGAAUCACAGAAGAAUCCACAAGAAGAAACCCCGAUGAGUUUCCUUUUUUUCGCCGGCAUAACAAUCCGAUUCUUUGUGACUGUCGUGAGCUUAUACAACAUACUAAGCUUCUGCGUCAUGCUUCUCUAG